AUUUAUCAACAACUUACUCGUCAUCGAAAGCAGUCUUGUAGAGUCUAUCAGUCAGUUUAGAAGUAAAUAUAAUUCUAUUAUCGACAUCGAUUUAUUAAUUAAUGUCAGUCAUGAAUAAAUUUAAUGAGUCGAUAAUUUUUUUGUUGGGAUUAAUUAAUCUCAUUAAAGCAACACCAGUGGCUGAUAAUAGAGAUUAUUGGAAUAAACGUGCAGCGAUAUUGAGUGCAGAAAAAAAUAAUUUUAUGGGCAGCAAUUUAUUACUCAGCUCUGAUGAGCAGUUAGCUAAUGAGGUAUUGGGUAAUCUUAAGAAGGAAGAAAUCGAUCAAGCGUUUGAAGAUCAAACAAAAUUUUACCCAGCGAGUAAUUUCAUGCAAGUACAAAGCAAAAUUGAAAAAUCAAAGGUAUUUCGUGUUAUUAAAAUGAUGCCCAAGGGCGCAGUUCUUCAUACGCAUGAUUUAUCCCUCGUCUCUGAGAACUGGCUGUAUAAUAACGUUACGUACCGAGACAAUUUAUAUAUAUGUAAUCAGACUGAAAGCUUGAUGCUCAAGUUUUUCGCUGCGCCUCCUAGUGACUGCGACUGGAAAUUGCUGAAAGAUGUUCGCGAAAGCGCGGCUUCACUUGAUGACGUAAACACACAAAUUCGUGGAGAACUUUCGUUGAUUACUGAUAAUCCAGAUGCUGCUUAUCCUGAUAAUUAUUUCGCCUGGAUUAAAUUCCUUAAAGUUUACAAGGUUCUUAGGUCGAUGGUGACUUAUAGGCCAGUUUUUGAAGAUAGUUUUUACCAAGCUCUUCAAGAGUUUCACGAUGACAAUGUAUUUUACUUAGAACUACGUGCUUCGUUACCGACGGUUUAUGAUUUGAAUGGGACUGAAUAUGGACAAAUGGAAGUUAUGAAGAUUUAUCAAGAAGUAGCUGACAGGUUUAAAAAAGACUAUCCUGAUUUCUUUGGCGUCAAAGUGAUAUUUUCACUUUCAGCAAUAAAAAAAAUAGCGUCUCUACGAAAAAUCGACGAGUCCAUUAGCAAAGCUAUCGAAAUGAAGAACAAAUUCUCAGAAUUAUUCGCAGGCUUAGACAUGGAUGGCUACGAGGACAGAAGAAUGCCUUUGAAAAAGUUUGUUGAACAACUGACAAAAAUAAAUAGUGAAAUAAAAUUUUUCUUCCACGCCGGAGAAACUAAUUGGAACGGUUUCGAUUCAGAUGAAAAUGUCUUAGACGCAGUUCUGCUGAAUACUUCGCGAAUCGGACACGGUCUCGCGAUUCUAAAGCACCCGAAAAUCUUAAAACUAGCCAAGGAAAAAAAUAUCCCUCUUGAAAUGUGCCCGGUUUCAAAUCAAGUUUUAAAACUAACUCCAGAUCUACGGAAUCAUCCCGCCAGUAUGUUGUUCGCUGAAAACUACCCCGUUGUCAUUUCAAAUGACGAUUCCGGCUUGUGGGGAUCUACGGGACUCAGCUACGAUUUUUACGAAGCUUUCAUGGGAAUAAUGCCUCGAAGCGCCGAUUUAAGGGCGUUGAAACAGCUCGCGAUUAAUUCCAUAAUUUACAGCGCAAUGAAUGAUCACGAAAAGCAAAGGGCGCUCGGAAUUUGGUUUCAAAAAUGGGCGGAAUUUAUUAGGAAAGUUAAUAAUUUGACGGAUUUGUAAAAUAUUUUAUCGAUUACAAUGCCUUUCAAAUAUUAUAAAGUAGCUGUCAAUCGCUUUGCGGGGCUUGAGUUGAAAUUCGUUCAUGUUUUUUAGUAAAGCAAUUUUUCAACUUUAUAUCUCAAUUACUUUAUCCGCAACUGUGUUCUUCAGAACUUUUGUGAACAUUUGUAAUUUUUUAUUUACAAGAGUAUACUGAAAGAAAUUUUAUUUUCAAAUUACUAUUAAAUUCACGGUAAUUGUGGGACAGAUGACACAGUUUCAUAAUUUUUCGAUAAACGAAAUAAUUUAUUAAUUUUUUUUCAACAAAUUUUACCGUAGUCUAUCAAAAAUUU